AUGGUCCGUUAUUGUCGCAGCACGCCGUCGGCUAGUGACACUGGGACGGCCAACGGAUCCGUCAUCCCGAUCAAGGCUGUGUGGUCAGUCAGCGCCGAAGUUUUCUUGUCUAUCACGUUAUUCACUUCCUGCUUCCAAAUCCCUUUCCAAGUAGGGAUGUCCAGGUUCGCCGCGUUGUCAUCUGGUCCAUUCAUUUCGAUCGACUUGCAGCGCACAUUUCUCGAGCUCUUCGACGAGCUGGACCCGGACAUGAGUUCAUCCUCUGUUCCAGGAAUAAGGACAAGCACUCGUCUCCAAAUGCCCUCCAAGCCAGCCACGCCGGUCAAUCCACUCAUUUCGGACAGCAAAAACAACAUCACCAUAGCCGCAGCCUGCGACGUCGAGAACGCAACCAGCUCAUCUGCGAGACUCGUCCGACGUACCUGGAAAUCAUGGAUCUCGAAUCAAUCGAAGUCUCUGAAGAAGAAGCAGACCGAGGCGGGCUAUUACCUGCAGUCCAAGCUCGUCAAGCAACAGGACCAGCAGGUCCCCACUCCAGUGACCCGCUCCGACGCCUCCAGGUUCAGCCUUCUACCUCGGCUCUGCAAUUCUUGUGAUGACCUCGCCUUCGGCACGGCCCAAGGAAAGGCAUGGGAACUUGCUCUUGCUGGAUACCCUCAAAAGUCCACUCUCUCCCGCCCACCGCCCCAGCUCCGCUAUGCCCUCCACCGUGUCAACGUCGUUGCCGUAGGAUUCAUCGCCACAGCAGCAGCCUACCAGCUCAACGCCGGCAUCGACAACGGACCCCGGCUCCGCAUCAUUCGGCCUCCACUGUGCCCCAUUCCCGUCUUGCGUACCGCUUUGCCGAGCAGCAUUUUACCAGAUCGCCUCCGGCGCUACUGGCCUCGGCAGACAACAGACCUCCAACUCCGCAUUUCCCUCCGCCCUACCCGACCUCCUUCUCGUAUAUCUCGUCCUUUCGCCGAGUAA